AUGGGUUUGCCUUCUUCACUAAAGCCAGACCUUCUUGUGCUCCUCUUCUGCUUUCUCAAUGUUUCCACCAUUAACUCAACAAAAAGACUCAAAGAAGAGGCAGUGCAUUUUGGCGGGAAUUUUCCGGCUUUGUAUGUUAUUGGAGAUUCAUUGGUUGAUUCAGGAAAUAACAAUUAUCUUCCGGCUUUACUCAAAGCGAAUUUUACACCAUAUGGUUUUAAAUUUGAAGGAGGCAUACCAACCGGCCGUUUUAGCGAUGGCAAAACCAUUGCCGAUUAUAUUGCUAUUUAUUACGAGCUUCCUUUGGUUCCUGCUUAUAUGGGAUUAUCUGAAAAACAAAAGAACAAUAUCUCAACUGGUAUAAACUAUGCUUCCGGUGGUUGUGGAGUUUUUCCUGACACAGGAAAACAGAAAGCAGGAGGAUGUCUCUCGAUGGGUGAUCAAGUCGAUCUUUUCAAUCAAACAAUCAAGAAGAAUCUAAAGCAAAACUUCAAGACUCAGUCAGAGCUCAAUAACCAUUUGGCUGAAUCGUUGUUUCUGAUUGCGAUUGGUUCUAAUGAUUACAGUUUCACCUAUGACGAGUCAUCAACCGAUGCAAACUCAUUUGCAGAAAAGCUUCUUAACGAGUACUGGCUACAAAUUCAGAGACUGCAUAAGUUAGGAGCAAGGAAGUUCUUCAUCAACAACAUAAAACCUGUAGGUUGUUACCCAAGUAGGAUUGAUAAAACGGUACCACGUGGUAGCUGCGACGAAAAAAUAAACCGUGCGGUCACCAUUUACAAUGUCAAGCUUAGAGCAAGCUUGUCAGACAUGCGUCGUCACAAACUCUCCAACACUUUCUUUGUAUACUCCGACUACUUCAACUUCAUGUUGGGACUUCGUGGACCUUCGAGCAAUCAAUUUAGUUCAAAACUACUAAACACGACAAGCCCAUGUUGUCCUAUGGUUUAUGUUCAAGGCAAGUUCCCGACUUGCUUGCCGCGUUCAAUUCCGUGUAAGUUACCGGAGAUGUAUCUCUUCUUCGAUCCCAAUCAUCCGACUCAAAUGGUGAAUUUCAUGUAUGCGAUCCAGUGUUUCCAGGAGAGAAGAAUCUGUCAUGUGGUGAGAGAUUUUCCUCCUUGGAAGUGGACACGAUGGCUCGAACUAGAGCACAGAGCAUAUGUUUCAUAA